UCCCCGGAUGAUUUGGGACACGAGCAGGAAUGUUGUGCGUGCACCGAUCAGGGCUGCCAAGCAGUUGGUGUUCGCGAGCCUCAGAGACGGUUGGAAACCCCGGAAGCUGCUGUUGGAACCGCGCAGACAGGACUUUGUUAUUCAGGCUAUUUAAUGCUCCUCGCCCCUGCAUCACUAUUAUCUGCACCCAGGGACUGUCCCCUCCUCCCACUCACCGUAUGCACAGAGAGGCACCUCAGGGACAAUGAUCACCGAAAUAGCCACCGCUGCUGCCUUUGUCUCCCGUCUCCUCAAAACCAGCGGAGCGAUAGAGCUCAGCCAGUUGCAGCAGUUCUGCCAGUCCUUACAGGAGGCUAUGAAAGAUCACUACAAACAACACUGGUUCCCAGAACACCCCAGCAGAGGAUCAGGUUUUCGCUGCUUGAGAAUAAACCACAAAAUGGAUCCAUUAAUAGGACGAGCGGCAGGUCACAUUGGACUUGGCCACAAAAGACUCUUUCACCUUCUUCCCAGCGAGUUGACCGUUUGGGUUGAUCCAUAUGAGGUUUCUUAUCGUAUAGGUGAAGAUGGAUCUAUAUGUGUGCUAUAUGAGGGGCCUUCAGCCGUAGGCAAGAGUUUAGAAAACCACGCCAGUUGCAAAGAAGCACUUAGAGUCAGGCGAAAUAGCCACUCCAAAAAUUACAGCAUAAUGACCGUUUCUAGCUAAAACAGAAGCCAAAAAAUGUAGAAUUAUGUAUGUAUCCCUCCCCCCCCCAGCCCCCCUCAAUUUCCACUUUCAUACUGAAUUAGAAAUUGAAAUGUCUCAUCGUUACCCUGUAGACAUUAAACGUAGUAAACUGCCAAGAUUCUCUUUUCUUGUUAUGGAAGGUGAGGGGUGAAUGUUCUGUAAUUAAGGGGGGGAAAGGGUUCUUUGCUUUUGUUUUUUUAACUGAUUAUUGAGCUCCCAUUGUGGAAUUGUAAAUGAAAUGCAGAGCCCAAUGAAGAUUUAUAUUUUGGGAUAUUAACCAUUGGCUCAUUUUAAUAAAAAAAAUAUAUAUACAUUU